UGGAGCUCACAGGCCGGGGGGAGCGAAUAGAGCAGGGACCUUCCUGUUCCCAGCCUCCUCCGGCUCGCUGCAGCCCGCAGCCCCCGGGUAGCCUGAUCCUGCAGCCCCCGCGCGCCGGGAGAGCGCCCCCGAAGCCGAGACCCCGGGCCCGUCCGCUGCGGAUUUCCCGGUUCCUGAGUCUCACGUGAUAUUCUGGAUGGAACAAGAGGGAGAGCCACGUGUCCAGGAUUCCCAGGACUUGAGGGAAGCGGAGCUGCCAGGAGGCACCUGUGCAGCCGCCGAUGGAAGUGUGAGUGAGACCGAGGGGGAGACGCCCCAAGAGGGAGGCGCUGAGCCGCAGGGGCCCGUCUCUGAAAGCCUCAGGGAGGCUGUCUCGCAGAGUCCCGAUCCGGAGAAAGCUUGCGAGAGUCAGGGCCGGCCGGAAAGGCAGCGGAGAAAGACCCCGGGCAAGAGGCUGGUUAAAUCCGCCACCCAGUGCGAGAAAGGCUUCCGGAAACUCAAGGACAUCCUGGUGCUGCGGCGAUCACAUUCGCGGCUGAGACCCACCAUCUGCAGCGAGUGUGGCAAAGGCUUCAGCCGGAGUUCCGACCUCAUCCGGCACCAGAUCACCCACACCGGCGAAAAACCCUACACCUGUGCCGACUGCGGCAAAGGCUUCAGCCAGAACUCCAAUCUGGUGACCCACCAGCGCAUCCACACCGGCGAGAAACCAUACCAGUGCAGGGACUGCGAGAAACGCUUCAGCGAGAGCUCCGCCCUCAUCCAGCACCAGCGCACCCACACUGGCGAGAAGCCCUACAAGUGCGGGGAGUGCGGGAAGCGCUUCAGCGUCAGCUCCAACCUCAUCCGCCACCGCCGGACCCACACCGACGAGAAGCCCUACAUAUGCAUCGAAUGCGGCGAGAGCUUCCGCCACAAGUCGCAACUGAGACGGCACCAGAAGCUGCAUGUGGCGUAGAAAGUGGCAGGGAGAGGGGGAUAGAUCGGAUACAGAACAGGUG